AUGGCAACGUUGACUUCCGUGCUGGCCCUGCUCCUGGCGGGCCAGUCGUUCGCAAAGGCGCCGUACUGUGUGCCCGGCAAUGACUGCUUCCCUUCGGCGGACGAGCUGGCCAAAUUCAACACCUCGAUUGGUGGGAAGCUGUCGGAGCCGGCCCCCUACGGCCAAGUGUGCUAUGCAGGUCAUUUCGAUGCCGCAGCUUGUUCGAAGCUGGUGACGAACAAGCGCAAUCCUACCUUCCGAGAGAUCAUCCCCGCCGCUAUGAUGUAUACUAACACCGAGUUCACGUCGGAUGGCAAGGGGUGCCCGGUUCCCGACGAGGUGCCGGCGAAGGGUUUGGAUGGCUCCUGUGAGCUUGGUGCGCUGGGUUCGUACUUUGUGACUGCCAACAACGCCGAUGAUAUCAGCCAGGCCGUCAAGUUUGCAGCAAAACAUAACCUGCGGUUGCGAGUGAAAAACACCGGCCACGACUAUACCGGACGCAGCACGGAUGCGGGUGCCUUCGUGAUCCACACCCAUGCCAUGCAACGCAUCGAACUGCACAAGGGAUUCGUCCCCAAAGGAUGUAGAGCCUCCUCGGCGACGGAUGUUCUACAACUGGGGGCGGGUGUCAUCGCGCAGGAUUUGUACCCUGAAGCCGCCAAACUAGGUGUCGUCACGACGGGAGGUUACUGUCCCACCGUCGGCAUUGCGGGUGGAUUCGCCCUCGGAGGAGGAGCGGCUGGCCCUUUCCAGCCGGUAAUUGGCAUGGGAGCAGACAAUGUGGUCCAGUACGACGUCGUCAUGGUGGACGGAACUAUUGCUGUCGCCAACGAGUGCCAGAACAAGGACCUCUUCUGGGCGAUGCGUGGCGGCGGCGGUGUCUUUGCCAUCAGCUCCACGACCUACAUCAAAGCCCAUCCCGCAUUCCAGGCCGUUAAUGUGGUGGUCGGCCAGGUGUCAGCCUCCUCCUCCGAGGCGUACAAGAGGAUGAUAUCCGAGUUCGUGCAGAAUGACCCCAAGUAUGGGCCUCAAUUCAGCUCGGGCAUCUGGGAAACCUCCUAUCCAAACAUAACUAUGUCCUUCCACAAGGGAUUCCAGGCCAGCGAGACGGUUGUUUCGGGUGACCAGUCGCUGAAGGCCUUUGACUUUCUCAAAUCCAUCGACGGCGUGACGGCAAAUGUACAAGGAUUCCAGUUCAAAACGUGGGCCGAGGCCUUUGAGAAGGUCGUUGGACCUCUCAUGGAGGAGGGCAGCGCCGUUGGGGUCAACCUCCUCGACCUAAGCCGUGUCGUUCCCAAUACGUUGACUAGCUCCAAGGAGGGACGGCAAUCCAUUGCGGACUUCGUUUCCGGUUUGCCUAAGACUCAGCCCUUUCUUUUCCACCGUGGCGGUGGUGCCAUAAACAAACCGGCAAAUGAUGAGACUUCAGUGAACCCGGCCUGGCGCACUUCGGCAGCAUACGUCAACGUCCCCGUCUUUGCCACCUCAAAUGCAGGAAUGACGGCGGAGCAGAAGAACACAAUGGAAUCUAUGAUCGAGCAGGUGGAUAAGGUCUUUAGCUCCGACGCCUACUACAACGAGGAGAACAGGCUGGAAUCGAACUACCAACAACGCUUCUGGGGGGCCAACUAUGACACUCUGCUGUCGCUGAAGAAGAAGUUCGACCCGAACUGUGUUCUCACAGGGGCACUGACAGUAGGUGAGACCGAAGUCUGUGGCAGUAGCUAA